UGCAAUGGUGGUAGUAAUCGACUCGACAAAGUCGCUAAAGAUCAGCUGAAUUUUGCCUCCACAAAAACUGACUAGCGAGGCGCAGAUUCACCGCUUCUGCAUAGGAAAAUGUCGACUAUGAGGUAUUUAAUAAAUAGACUUUCCAAGGGAGCGAUCUGUUGUAUGCAAAGAAACAUACCUUGUAAGUCUCCUGCUUUCGUAAGAUCUGGAAAUAUCGUGUUCCGUGGAAUCAGCACACAAUCCAGAGGGAAAUCUUCUCCUCACUCCACCCUCGCGAUCUCUACAGCGUCCAUGGAUGGUGAAGCUGUGAAAAUCAGAUGGAAAGAUGGAAGCAUCGCAAAAUUCCACCACAUCUGGUUGAGGGAUCAUUGUCAGUGUGAACAAUGUUACAACUCCGCUACUUUUCAGAAAGAAUUUAACAUCGUAGAUGUACCCCUCGAUAUUAAACCAAUAAACGUUUCCAUUCCUGGAGAGAACUACUUAAGCGUUCAGUGGCCAGACAGCCAUGAAACAUGCUUUAAUGCAGCAUGGCUUAGACAACACUCCUACCACACAGAACAAGGUACAUCAGGGUUGAAGAAACCAGACCAGAUAGAUGAACUGUUUUUGUGGAAUAAAGACACUAUUGAAACAAACGUUCCCAACCAUUUUAAUUUUACCAAAGUUGUCUCGAGUGAUGACCAGCUUUUCACACUGUCUCAAAGCAUCAUAAAAUAUGGGUUUGCAUUUGUAGAAAACACACCAACUAAAGUUGACGCUGUUGAAGAAAUAUCCAAGAAGUUGAGUGGCCAUGCUAUGGAAACACACUAUGGAAAAUUUUGGGAAUUUUCCAAUGAGGUUCUGGAGCAUGCUGACACUGCUUACACAGCAAGUUACCUCCGAGGGCACACAGACAACACAUACUUCUCCAAUCCAGCUGGGCUUCAGAUGCUGCAUUGUGUGGGACAUCAGGGAACAGGUGGAAUGAACUCGUUAGUAGAUGGAUUCUUUGUGGCAGAGAAGCUGAAGAAAGAUGACAGGGUUUCCUUUGAUUUUCUAACCUCAACAACCAUUCCUUUUCAAUACAAGUCUGAGGAACUUCACUUGAAAGCCAAGGGACCAAUCAUAGAGCUUGACCCUUUCAAUGGAACAAUCUCUAGGAUAAGAUUCAACAACUACGACAUGCAAACUCUGGACUGUUUGAAUUAUGAGGACGUUGCUCAAUUUUACAAAGCUUUGAAAGCAUUCACUGCACUUACCUGUGACCCUGAAAACCAGUUGUGGUUCAAACUCGUCCCAGGUUUGUUACUCAUCAUGGGUAACUGGAGAGUGCUUCAUGGCAGGUCGUCAUUUACUGGAAAGAGAUCCAUGCAAGGCUGUUAUGUCAAUGGUGAUGACUUUUUUGGAAAGUACAGAGCUAGAGCUCUUGCUUUGAACAAAAAUUGAUUCUGGCAAUGAUGGGUAAACAAAAUGUUGGCUUUAAGUAAUUUCUAGGCUGGAAUAUGGAAAGAGCUAAGAAAAAAUAGUUUGAAAAAUUUCCUUUGAAAAGGAUUGCUGAUCUAAAAUAUUGUCUUCAAAAGUCAUGUUAGUUGAACUCUUAAAAAUUUCCUUUGAACAGGGUUGCUGAUCUAAAAUAUUGUAUCCAAAAGUCAUGUUAGUUGAACUCUUAAAAGGCAGAUACAAAUUGUUCUCAUUGGUUUUUAAAUAAUCUACUGAUAGGAUUAACCAGUGGAAAACUUUUUCACCAGAGAAGUGAGUUUUAAUGUAUACGUACAAGUAACUUUUUUAAAAUGGCUAUUAAUUUGAAGCAGCUGAUGAGACUAAUUCCUGUGUCAAGAGGUUAAUUUCCAACAAUUGUUGGUAUAUUGACAGAAGUAAACUAAUCUUUUGGUUUCUGUGUUGUAUAUAUUUAAAAAAAUUAUUCACCUCAGUCUUGGUGUGAUAUUUGCCUUGCUGCUUUGCAGCUCAAUAAGUAUCCACCAUUAUUCACCUUCACUUUAGCAAAUAAUUGUUAAUGACCUAUUGGAAAUGCAAUAUGCUAAGUGUGUUGUUACAUAUUGUUUUAAAUGAUUUCAGGUAAAAUUGUUUUGAACAAGCUAAUCUAUGUUUGAUUUCCUGUGUUUGACAACUUUAGAAAAUUAACAAUAAUUUUGAGCUAAAAUUUAGUUAAAACUAACAGGUAGGCAUCAAAAUGCUGACUCCUGAGGUGACUAUUUUAGUAACGUGUAUAAAGGUAGUAAGUUUCAAAGAAACUCUGGUGCUGGGUCAGUGGGAGAGUAUGAUAAGGUAAUUCACAGUUAUCAAUCAAGUUGAUAAUGUAAAUUGGCCACCGUAAAGAGUUUAAAGGCUGAUGUUUCAAGUGUUCGCCCUUCGUGAGAGAACUCUUUUGCUUCUUGGCUCUGACAAGCCAAUUUAUGUUAUCAAAUCAGUUGAUAACACUGAAUUACCCUAUUUUAGAAACAGUUGUUUGAGUUUAAAGACAGCCUCUUAGUUGGCUUUAAUUUCAGAAAAAUUAGGAAAGUGGAGAGUACUAUCCAAAAUUAUUGACAGUGUGACUGAAUGGGAUUAAAAGUUUAAAAAGAUGAUAAUUAUAUUAGUGCAAAAAUUGAUUUAUUUUUUAACCGUUCAUAUGAUGAAAUGGUAAGAUUUCUGCAAGAUGUAAUGAAAACUACAGACCACCACAUGAAACCAUGACAAAGAAAAACUCUUAGAAAGGUUUCUUUUUAUUUAUUGAUGAUACACAUCUCAGCAAAGAGUAUUGUUAAUUUUUAUGAUGCUGAUCCUGGAAACAUACAGUCCAUGCUCAUUAAUUGUUUCAAAACUGAAGCAAUAAAGUACCAUCCA